AUGUCAAAAAACGAUAUCAACCAUAAAGAUAUAUACUUAGAAUUACACCAAGAAUACAGACUGAUACAUCUGCUUUAUCAUAGAAAUAAAAAUCAGCACAGGAUAGCAAUUUGGUGGAAAUGGUUCAGUAUAUUGAAAAGAAGUUGCAGUAAAGUAGUGGAGAUUCUCCAAAGACGUAGUCUAACAGGUAGAAAUGUAACUAAAUUAUACAAUUUGAUACACAAAUUUCUAAAGCAACAGAUUAACAAACUAAUAUAUGUAUUCAAUAGUAUAAUUGCAUUAGGCCAAUUUAUUACCUUAGGUGUUGUGCUUGUAGGCUUAUUAUCAAGAAUUUAUAGGAUUUAUAAUAACCUAUUUGAACUAUACCAUCCUUUAUUCAAAGUGUAUAAUCUCAAUAAUAUAAUAGCAGAAAGCAAUAAACUCGAAAAUGAAUCCCAAUUAGAAAAAAUAUUGGAAAAGGUAUCGCAUGAAGAGCUUGGAGAUGUUAUAACUGAUGAAUCGGUACUUAUAAAAACUAGUAAUUACGAUAAUAAUCUGGAUAUUCUCAACACUUUAAGUGAAGUGCGUAACAUUAAAGAAAGUGCUGCUGGAACGAAACCCAAGUCUCAUUCUAUUAGUGAUACAAAAGUAUCAACAAAAUUGGAUAAGAAGAAGAAGAAUAAGAAGAAAAGAUCAAAAUCUGAUAUUGAUAGUAUUUUUGGAUAA